UUUGGGUUUUCUACUUUAAUAUUAUUCAUAUAUUUGAAUGAAGAAAAAGAAUAUCUUUUUGGCGAACAAGACCAACCCGCUGGGGAAAGUAUACUAGAAAAAGGAGACAUAACGGCAACCACUGUGAUAUUCAACGUUUUAUUUUUUGGCUGUUCUUUCCUAUUGGCAUUUUCAUCAAUUUUAGUGUUAGUAGGUUUAAAGAAUGACAAACGUGAACUUUUAAUACCAUGGAUAAGUUUUAUGCUGUGCGAUGUUUUAAUUGAAAUUGCGCACUUGAUUUACUUAUCAUUCAAGGAGAAAGUAAUUUUCGACCCAAUUGUUGGCUUUCUAUUUACCAUAGACUUUUUCAUAAUGUGUCUCAAUUGCUAUUGUCUGCUUUGCGUGAUAUCACAAUACCAAGACUACAAACAAGGACGUGGUUGUGGCCGAACACAGAUGAGAGCUGAAGUAAUGCUACAAGUAAUGCGUAAUGAACCAAAUGGUACUUCAUUAAGUCCACCAGCAUAUCAGCAGAAGAAUUUGGCUACAAGUCCUUUUGUAACUUCAAAUCAGCAUACGAAUAUCUCGACUAUACCUGAAGAAGCUGAAGAAAGUUUGAAGCACACUCUUACUAAAGAAUGUACGAAUUCAAUGGAUAGAGAAACAUUGGCAAUUAAUGUUUCUCCAGAAAAUUGUGCACAACAUCGAUUCAAAAUACCAACCAUUACAGUGGAUUCCAAUUCCAAACUAUAAACCGUGCGAGAACACUGAUUACCAAACGUCAAUUGAAAUUGAAAGUGCUUAUUUUUAA